AUGUCGGCUGCUUACAACCCCGGUGCCACCCUUGACGAUGCGACUUGGGUGGCAGUCUUACUGAGUGAACGAGAUGUCGCCGGCCAAAUCCCGAUCAACUUCGUAACGAACCCAGCGGUAUCAUUAUCCUCCGCAUGUUUUGGCAAUGGCCUUUACUCUCGAGAUAAAGCAGUUGAUUGCAUCUCCAAUCUUCUCGCCGUUGGUUUCCGCCGGCUCGCCCUCGAUUUGUACUGGUCCGUGGAACGCCGGUCAUGGUCCUUUUGUCCCAUCACCAUCCCCAAGAGCGCAGACGUCUUUGUUUCAGAGGUGGAGGUGACCUCGACCACCGAGGGCCCCGAGGCAACAUCUACAGUUACAACAAGCGAUCUGGCUUCCUCAACUACUGAUGUAGAGUCAGCGACCAUCACCGCCUAUUCGGAUUCCGAUGGAGAGACUGUGUAUGAAUUGGGCCCGUACAGAUGCACCGACGACUUGGGUAUUGGCAUGAUAUCAGCUAUACUAGCUGGCCAUUUUCAAGACACAAAACGGAACCUACUGGUCUAUACUAACCAUCUCGUCUUGAAUCUCCAUGUGGCGGCCAGUGAUUCCUCCCCGACAAAGCCACCCGCCGCCGUGAAGGGAAAGGACCUACCCAAAUCGGAAUCGGAACGGGUCGGUGCGCUUCUCAAUGCGAACCUCUACGAUUAUCUCUAUAGCCCGGCACAGCUGGCUGAGGAUCGAAAGAAUCUAAACGAGUCAUGGUAUGAAGUUGAAGAAAGCUACAUGCCGAUCACGGAAUAUUUUACCAUCCAUGAGGACGAAUCCGGUCAACAGAGCACCCCGGAUGGAUGGCCGUCAGCAAAGUACAUCCAACUUGCAAAAUCAGAUCGUGUUCUUAUUGAAUACGGUUCGAUAGAUCCGCAACUAGCCGACUACAACUUGGCCAAAGAUGCGGAUGCUAUCUUUCCUCCAGGCUAUAUGACCUCGGCAGUCAACGGGUCCGCCACCGCAAAUGGUACUUUGAAAUCUGGCUGCCUCUACAAACCGAAGGCAACAGAUGUGUCCCAGGCCAACUCAUCGUGGGCCAUGUCUAGCAGAAUCCCCGUGCCUGCAGGUCUUUCCGCUGACAGCACCAUGGUAUCAUUGAAUAACCUCAUCUCCGACAUCACAGCCUGCGGCAUGUCACCCAUGCUAAACACAACCCUCUUUGGCGAAACUGCCGAUGAAGACGUCUCUCGCUAUCGCAACGUUUCCCUUGCAACCGGGUGGGCCUGGGCAGUCGGCGAGCCUGAAGGUGCCGACACCGGCGGCGGUACAAAUGACAUGCCCGCAUUUGAUCGAUGCGCAAUCGCAGACCUAUCGCUCGGCGGCCGCUGGCGCGCCACUAACUGCAGUGAGGAACGUCGAGCCGCAUGCCGAGUUGGUAACUCACCAUUCUCCUGGACUCUGUCGAAUUACCCUGCAGAAUACCGCGAAGUUGGCAACGGUUGUCCCUCCGGCUCUUCCUUUGCCGUACCUCGCACUGGUCUUGAAAACCAUUACCUUUAUGAAUACCUCAUUGACCAAGAUACAUCUAUCAUCGACCCGACCUCAACCAAUCUAUCUCGCCGCGAAGUCUACGUCAAUUUCAAUUCAAUCGAUGUUACCUCCUGCUGGGUCUCUGGUGGGCCCGACGCCACCUGCCCUUACGCGUCUAACCCGCAGCAAUUGGAGCACAAGGCGGUGAUCGUUGCUGUUGUUGCUGCGAUCAUCAUUCUGCUGGUUACCGCGUUGACGACGUUCAUCAAAUGUAAUGCGAACCGCCGUAACUCGCGCCGGCGGAAGCGUGUUAUUGAAGGAUGGGAAUACGAAGGUGUUCCUUCUUGA